CUACAUUUCUUUGGUGAAAAUAACCCAAAUUAGGAUGUAUUAUUUAGUCUGUAGGAAAGUUAUAGAGUUCACAAACUAUGGGAUAUAUCUGAAAAUUGAUCAAUCCUGAAGUACUGACGGCCAAUCUAAUUUAUUGAGGCCCAAAAAUGUCAGAACAGUACAGAUAUCCCCCAAAUGACCCCUUUUUGCAAAGUAGACAGUCCGACAUAUUUCAUAAGAGGCAUGGCAAGUUUUUUGAAGUUGUAAUUUUUUUUUCAGAAUUUUUCAGAAAAUGAAGAAAUUUUUUUUUUUGCAUACUGUCACCA